UGGAGUUGAACGGCUUAAUUCCGGUAAAAGCGGGCUAGUUCUCAGCCUUACUGUAUGACCUCAUUUGUCCUAUGGCUGGCCAGGGCAACGACGCGUGAUUCUUGAAUCAUCCAUUUCCAGGUAUUUUCUGCUUCGCUCAUCCCUCGGUCAAUAGUGCUGGCUCAAAAUGCUGUGCAUAUUGACAUCUUGAGAACCCGAUCUGUUGACAAUGCAGUCUUCUCGGCGCAUAUUCUUCAGCCCAACCAGUCGCCCUGGUCUGAGGCCGCGUCGAGCGAUUAAACGCGACUUCUACAAUGCCGGAUAUUCGCCUCGUUUGUGCUUGAGAAAAGAUGUUGGAGCUUGGCAAGGGAUCCGGAGAGAGAGCACAGAAACCGGAGAAGAUCAGACUGGUCAUAUUACGGCUAGGUCGAACGAGGGAAUUUUAUGGUUCGACAACCUCUUUCCUCUGAAGCUCAACUGGAUGCUACGCGUACCAUGGCAUACAGAAAAAGACCUGCCAGAGCUUCUCGCUCGCUUCAACAAUUCAAACCUGGGAGCAUUCGAGCCAGUUGCUCUAGUCAAGCGAGCCAUACCAAACUCCGUUCCCAUGACCGUGACUGAGAUUCUCCCAAGACUAAAGGAUGGAGGUGCGUUUGUCAAAUUCUCUCAUCCUAAUGGUAUCACGGCAAAAGAAGUCGAAGGCCUUCUUAGGCAGUACCUACGAGAGAACCCCAUCAAGCCAUGGUUCAACCCAUUUCGAAGAAUUAGGACGAAUCUGGUAGUAGGGAAGCCUUGGUUGGAGGAUCUGUACCGAUUUCCAAGCUCGAGGAUAAAGGUCGAAUUUGCGCCAACGAGCCCUGGCAAGGAAUCAGCCGAGUUAAGUCAGGAAACACUGUAUAGCCUGUUUCGAAAAUAUGGGAAGAUUGCCGAGAUCAGUCCUCAGCCGUCCGACUCGAAAAUUCUGCCCAAGUACGCCCACUUAGACUUUGCCAGAUUGAGUCAUGCAAUUAUGGCAAGAAACUGUAUGCAUGGCUUAAAAGUCAGUGAAGCAGAAGGUGGUGGGACUGCUGGCACACUACUUCGAUUAUCAUUCCAGCAAAAAGAGAAAGCCCAUUGGAUUUGGGACUGGCUUACAAGCCACCCUAGAGUUGUGAUUCCCGCCCUUGCAGCACUGAUAGCAACCGCCACUGUUGCAGUCUUCGACCCUAUCCGAACAUUCUUCAUUAAGGCCCACAUUGAGCACUCAUUCCAUCUGAAGGACAACAAGAUUUACCAAUGGUUCAAGAGCCAGGCAACAGAUAUCUUUACAUUUCGUCGUAAAAGAUCCGAAGAAGCUAGUCUCAUCUGGGAGGACAGAAAACAAAUUAUUGAUUCCAUCCAGACUGCUCUAAUGGAAACCAGCUCUACGUUCAUUGUCGUCCAAGGACCUAGGGGUAGUGGCAAGAAAGAUCUCCUCACCGAGGCGCUCAAGGGUCGUCGCAAUACUUUAUUAAUUGACUGCAAGCCAAUUCAAGAUGCCCGCGGGGACUCGGCUACUAUUUGCGCAGCAGCAGCAGCAGUAGGCUACAGGCCUGUUUUUUCUUGGGCAAACAGCUUGAGUAGUCUUGUGGAUCUAGCUGCUCAAGGUACAAUUGGCGUCAAGUCUGGCUUUAGUGAAACUCUUGAUGCGCAGCUGGGCAAAGUAUGGGGCAAUACUGCUUCCGCCCUGAAGUCCGCUGCACUCGCAAAUAGGCCUAGAAACAAGGAGGACAAAGAUGCCGCUUUGUCCGAUGACGAUUGGCUUGAAGCACAUCCAGAGCAUCGCCCAGUCGUUCUUUUAGACAACUUCUUGCAUAAGAACGAAGAAAGUAGCAUAGUCUAUGACAAGCUCUCGGAAUGGGCCGCUGGUCUUACCACCGCCAACAUUGCUCAUGUUGUAUUUCUCACUAAUGAUAUCUCUUAUUCGAAAUCAUUGUCCAAAGCUUUGCCCGACAGGGUCUUCAGACAGAUCAGCCUUGGAGACAUCAAACCGGAAGUCGCUAAGAAAUUUGUUAUUUCACACCUCGAUGUUGAGAAGGGCGAUCCCGUAGAAACAGACACUUUAACUCCAUCCCAAAAACAAAACGAUCUAGAAGAGUUGGACGAUGCCAUCGUUGCUGUCGGCGGCCGUCUCACGGAUUUGGAAUUCCUCGCACGACGAUUGAAAACCGGGCAGACACCAAGACGAGCAAUAGCCGAGAUGAUCGAGCAAAGUGCCAAUGAGAUUAUGAAGAUGUACCUCUUGACUGUUGAUAAGGGCGAACGAAAAUGGUCUCCCGAACAAGCUUGGUACCUCAUCAAGAGUCUUUCUGAGAACGGGAGUCUUCGAUACAACGAGAUCCUUCUCACCAACACUUUCGCAUCUUCUCUCACGGCUUCGGCGUCCAGCGGAGAGAGUGCUUUAGAGGCUCUCACUGCUGCUGAACUCAUCACUAUAACAAGCUACAAAGGACGGCCACAAACUGUGAAAGCCGGGAAACCAAUUUACGAGGCGGCAUUCAAGGUUUUAGCUGAAGAUAAAGUGUUGAAGAGCCGACUUGAUCUUGCCAUUCUCACCGAGCUUACGAAGAUUGAGACCAAAAGCAUAGACAAAUACGAGACAGAGUUAACGAUGCUUGGGACACUACCAAAGCAGCCUAGCGAGUUGGCACCGAGAGUCCAAUUCUUGUUGAUGAAGCUGGCAGCUAGUCAGCAGAAAGUUGAAGCAUGGGAAAAGGAGAUGGCAACAAUGAAGAAGCUACUUCUGGACGAGUAUUGAAAUGUAUACCCCACUCAAUGUACUAAAGCAUCAGCAAAAAUCAAAACCCCUCAAAGGACAUCAGAGUCCAUUUCCGAUCGCUCGAUCUGUGAUAGGCCGAUGCAAAUCCCUUUGUGGCGUAUGCAAGCACCUCUGACGUUCAUUUCCCCGAUGGUAUAGGGAGGUUUAACCCUUCCCAGACGGUGAUGUUUUCUUGGCGCGCCAUCAUGCUCCGGAAGUCGUGAGUAGCUAGCGGACUUGCCCUUCAAAACUCGCUUCUCCCACGUCACAAAGUAUCAUCCGAACAUCGAAUUGGGAUAUUUACAUUUCAUCCACUCUCGGCUAAUAAAUUGCAUAACUUUAAAACACAACCUUCCAAUCGGCUCUUCUCCCACGUUUUGCAUCUCGCAUACGGCAAUCA